AUGGCUUGGAAACAGACACCCCUCCUGCUUUUAGUCUGCAUGGCAGUGGCGAGGCAGAGCAAAACAGACCUGUUCAAUGUUUAUAUGGAUGCCAAGCACCAAGGCCCAGAGGACAAGCUGCAUGACCAGAUUCUGUUUAGUCAAUGGAGGGAAAAUGCCUGCUGCUCAGUCAACACCAGCCAGGAGAUACACAAAGACAACUCCUGUCUGUACAACUUCAACUGGGAUCAUUGUGGCAAGAUGACACCUGCCUGCAAGUGUCAUUUCAUCCAAGACACCUGUCUGUAUGAGUGCUCCCCUAACCUGGGGCCUUGGAUCCAGCAGGUAGACCAGAGCUGACAUAAAGAGCGUAAAGAGCGUUUCCUGGACUGUCAGGAGUGGUGGGAAGCCUGUCCUACCUCCUCUAGGUGCAAGACAGACUGGCAUAAAGGCUGGGACUGGCCCUCAGGGCUGAAUGUGUGUGCUAUCUUGAUUCUGCCUGCAAGCAUUAGUAAAUGCCUGGACACAGCAGCCUGUCACACAUUUCAGUACUACUUCCCCACACCAGCCAGCCUUUGUGAGGGUCUCUGGAGUCACUCUUACAAGGUCAGCAACUACAGCAGAGGGAGUGGCCGCUGCAUCCAGAUGUGGUUUGGCUCAACCCAGGGCAAUCCCAAUGAGGUGGUGAAAUUCUAUGCUGCCCUUGUGACAGCUGGGGCUGUUUGCCAUUCAGUGGCACUUCUUGUGCUCAGCCUGGCCCAAUGCUGUCAUUAUGGCUCCUUGACUGAGCUCAGUACUCAGCUUUCAAUGGGAAAGCUGGACAUGGAGUUCAGCAAAGGUUCUGGAGAAAUGGGGAAGAUUCACACUGCCUACCAUGAUGUGGACAGACUGGGCUUGGGCCCCUCAGGAGAGGAAGAGAGUCCAUUAAGACAAUCUGGAAGACACAGAAGAAAUGCAUUUGGCUCAGUGCUGUGUCCUACAUCAGAUGAUGCUGAAGUUGUCGAGAGCGGGAAGCUCAGACGCAGGGACGAGCCAAGACUGGCCCGAGGUCACUCUGCGGGCGUGCGGCGCGGGGACCCGUACGCGGGCGGGCGAGGCGGGACGCGGGGCAGCCCCGGCUCCGGGGGCGGGGCUCGGGCGGGGCGGAAGGCGCGGGUUGGGGCCGGCGCUGCUGGCGGCGGCGGCUACGCGGAGAUCGAGGCGGCCGGUACGACCGGGCGUGGAGCCCCGAUCUGGGACUCGCUCGGGCUAGUUGGUUCUCAGGCCCGGGACCCAGGCACGGCCCCAGCUAGACUCCAAGCUUUCCCGGGCGGAUGGCGCGGGGCGGCAGGCAUCGGCGGCCCUGAGCCCUAG